AUGAAAACCUCCACCGAGUUCUCAGUAUCUUCCUCCGCAUACAAAAAAAGGCUUGGAAUAACCCCUGAUGUUGUAGAGUUAGCAAAGAAAUCCUUGCUCGAAUCAGCAAAAAUGGAGGAAAAACGCAAACCUGAAUCUAGUGAAGUCAUUGUUAAAGAAGACGUGUCGCUUGAUGACUUUCUGGAUUACCGCAAAAGCGACUUGAGGCUUCCGGUCCGCCUAUAUCUUCGUGAUGGGAAAAUCAUAAUCAAUGAAAUACCUACAGUAAUUCACGCAACAGUAUCAGCAUUGUUCAAGGUAUUUAUGGGUAGGUGGAACUAUCGGGAUUUGCGGUAUGGUGACGAUACGACCAUGAUUCUGAACCAAAACAAUGUGAAAGAGCCUGAUUCAUGGGUCCGACCAGUACGGCGUCCUCGGCCUCCACUCACACAGGCAAUGGAUAGAUUAGGAACACCAUACCCAACAAUGAUAGUUGAAGUCGGCCAUGCACAGAGUCUUCCUGACCUGCAUUGGAAGGUAGAACUUUACUUUGAUGUUCGAACCACAAUUCAGAUUGUGCUGACUAUCAAGAUAUAUGAACCUCGUGUGGAUCAUACUGCUGCGAUGAUCGCUGCCCUGUACCUAUUCCAGUCGACGUCAGGUCUUUUGGGACGUCAGGGCCUGCAAAUGUUUCUAACUUACCAAAUGAAUAUUCCUGCGACAGAACUCUUUGAUGGAGAUCCUGCUGGUGUUCCUGCAUCAGCGAUUGGUGGAUUCAACUUAGACUUGUGGGAAUUUCAAGUUGUAAUACGGGAAUCAUUCAACAUAGCCUAA